ACAUCGAGAGAAUGCAUUUUUAGAUUUGUUUGACUGAAUCAUGAACUUCGGUGGUUCAGCUAGCAGUGGCUCCGGCUCCUCACCUCAGAACGCGGAGAGCAUUAUCCAGCAAACGCAGAUGGCUCUACAGAUGCAACAGGUACAGAGUCUUCUGCAGGCGGCGGGGGAGAAGUGUAUCUACCCGAAGUGCGUGAGUAGACCUGGAAAGUACCUGGGAGGGGGAGAGGAGACGUGUCUGAGGAAUUGUAUCGACCGGUACUUGGAUGCGUACAAAAUAGUGGCCAGUACCUAUGUGAACAGAAUGAAGAGCGAAGGGGGAUCAGGAGGUACUCCCAGUGGAAGUUUGUUUUGAACCUAAAUCUGAAAACUCUUCCUUUCUCGUCACAGGAGCAGACAAAAGAAGAGAGCUGUAUGGUACCCAGACAUUGUUAUCGCCAUUGUUUGUUUGUUGAAUAUGAGUUUACGCCCAUCAAACAUUCAAAUAGUUUAUUAAAGCAAGUUUUGUAAAAUAUAAUUAACUUGCUAAGUUUUCAAAAGUUGCUGAAAUUCAACCACAAAAUUCAAAAACAAUUGCUCGAUAAAGGAAAGUUUGCUUUCUGAAAGCAAUUUUCAUGACUAUUAGGCGUUUAAUGGUAUCAAAUCCUCGCGAAAAAGAAUUGCCAUUAAGAAAUUUGUUUGAUUUUUUUUUUGGCAAAAAAUAACGGUGGUAUAUAAACAAGCCGAAGUAUCAACCAG